AUGUCAUCCAAAGUCGAAGUAGAUGAAUUGACUCCAGAAUCGCCCAACUUUCGAGACGCCAAUCUCCAAGUCCAGCACGUCUUUAUUUAUCCAGAUCAAAAUCAUCCAGCCUUCCAAGUCAGCAUGGGUAUAAAGCUAGUUGAGCAUUCAUCGCUAAAUCAAGUCGCUAUGACUGAUGAUGAUUUGCAGUCGCCUGCGGGGAAACGUCUGAAAGCUGAGGCAGCUGCCGCUCCCGCGGCUUCAAAUGGCUCUGAUUCCCCUCUGGUAUCAAACGCUACCACUGCAUCGAAUGUUGACGUAGCAUCUGAUGCUGUAAAGGAAUCACGGCCAUCAGUUACAUCAUCACCACAAGUAUCAGCACAGCCCGCUCCACCUGUAGAAGCCAAUCAUGUAUGUACGUCUACAGCGUCAAAAUCUUCGGUAUUGCCAGACGCUUUUCCAUCUCAACCAUCGCAGAAUGGCUUGACCGCUCAAGACUCAAAAUCUGGUGGAUUCGCACCAAACCGUAUGAAUGAAGCUACUGCCAUGAAACGUCGUCAUCAAAUCAUUGAACAAAUGUUUAAUCGUGCUGAAGCUCUUGACACACCACGUGGUCGACUUCCUCCUGGUGUGAAGCCGCCUAGGACAAAGUUUGAUCCGGAAGCAACACCAAACGUGUCAGCUGGCAAACGGAAAGCUACAGAUACAGUGAGCUUGCCUAGGACUCGUCCAGCCUUUGAAUCGAUUGCCUACAUAUGUCAAGGACCAAGCACAAAGGGCAAGUUCUAUAAAGACAAGGCAGAGGCUUUAGGUGCUCUACCUGGAAAUCAGUUUGGUAUGCUUUACAAUGGAAUAUCAGUCACUCUUGAUGAUGGAACUGUCAUUCGUCCUGAUCAAGUACUUGAUCCUGAUGUACCUGGAUCGAUUUUCAUAGUAAUUGACUGCCCGAACGCAUCGUAUGUUGGCUCCUUGACCCAAAAUCAAGCCUUUGUACCUCACUUCCGUGUCAAUGCAACCAAUCAGGUCAAAGUCAUCAUUCAUAUGUUGGGUGAUGAUGUGCUUGAUCAUCCUGAAUAUCGAAAUUGGGUGAAUGAGUUCGAUAAUGAAUCUACUCAGCAUUUGAUUAUCAGCCGAAAACACUGCCCCAAGCCAAUAGUGUUUACUGGAAGUGCCAUUACUCAGUAUCGUCUUAACAUGAUUGACCCAGAUGUAUUUCGUGUGCCUAUCUAUGAGAAUCGAAUGAUGGAUUUACGUAGAGCGGAUCCUAACUUGCCACCUCUCCCACGAUGGACGAUUCCAGCCACCCAUCUCUUGAUAUACCACUUGAAUCCAAUCGCCGUUACAGACACAACUGAGCAACGACCAUUGUUUCACAUCAAUGAUACCAAGAACGGUGUCGUGCAUGGGAUCCAUUACUUGAGAAAGUUUAUUGGAACGAGCCAGGACGUGUGUCAACAAAUCCAAGAGUCUGCAGAGUCUGUCGAAAGUGAUUAUGGACCUGGAGCUGACGUUAUGGUUACCAUGCUUGGAACUGGUGCUGCACUUCCUUCACGAUUUCGCAAUGUUAGCUCUACACUGAUCUCAAUACCAAACUAUGGGCACAUAUUACUUGAUGCUGGAGAAGGGACAUAUGGUCAAAUCUUUCGGCGAUUCUCGCAAGACACCAGUGUCUCCAUAGACGAUAUCUUACUCAACCUCAAGUGUAUCUUCAUAUCUCAUAUGCAUGCUGAUCAUCAUUUGGGUGUUAUUCGACUUUUGUUGAGCCGUCGUGAGGCCUUCUUCACUCGUGGAAUGGCACCACCUCCCUUAUGCAUUAUAGGACCACCACAAUAUUGGAUUUGGUUGAGUGAAUUCUCUGACGUACAAGAUCUUGGAUUGGAUGGCAAAAAAGGAAUCUACUUCAUCCGAGCAGAUCUCAUUGUCCAAGAACGUUCCAAUGUAUAUAAUGCCUAUCUCGAACGUAUCAAGGACACUUUGGGAUUUAAUGUCUUCUCAACCAUUCCUGUGGAUCAUUGUACUUAUGCUUACGCCUUGAUAAUGCAACAUCGAGACGGCUGGAAGAUUGUGUGGGUGUCUGGCUCUGGCGCCAUUUUGGAAGCCUUACAAGAGCCAGACCUCUUGAUACAUGAAUCGACAUUUGAACCAGAUCAUGCAGAUGAAGCCGUGGAGAAGCGUCAUUGCACGACUGGCGAAGCAGUCAUUGUAGCUGGUCGAAUGAAGGCAAAAGCUCUGCUCUUGACCCAUUUCUCUCAACGAUAUCCCCGUCUUCCAUAUGUUCGAGACCCAAAAAAUCGAACCGCAGUGGCUUUUGAUUUGAUGUCUGUCAAAUUGAAGCAAUUGCGACGAUUUGGAAUGUAUGGACCUGCAUUACAAGAUUUGUAUCCUAAUUAUGAAGGGCCACCACAAUAUAAUGAUGAUAUUGAGUAUGGGCCUGCAGACGAAGAUAUGGAUGCUCAGCAACAGAAUGGGAAUCAGACUGAUGAUACUAUGGCACUAGAGAGUGCGGCAGUUGGAGUUGGUGGAGAGGAAGGGGUUGUAAACAGUGGCGAUGAUGGUAAAGCUGCCCCAGAUGAAUAA